AUGGCUGGCUCAAUCAACAAACCGAAGAAGCCCAAGUCCAAGCGGACCACAACGAGGUUACGGGCAAAGAUCGAAAAGAAGUCCCAUGCCAAACAACGAAAGGACAGGAAGCAAGCCAAGAAAAACCCAGAAUGGCGCUCCAAACUGAAGAAGGACCCGGGUAUCCCUAACCUGUUCCCAUACAAAGAGAAGCUACUGCAGGAGAUUGAGGAGAAGAAGGCGCGAAAAGAGGAAGAGGCUCGCAAGCGCAAGGAGGCAGCCAAGGCCGCCAGGACUGGUCAAGUGGAACAAGCCAAAGAUGGCGAGCAAGCCAUGGAGGAAGAUUUUGAGGACGAAGACAUCGAGGUGGAUGACGAUGUGAUGGAAGAAGGCGACGUCGACGAGUCAAAUCCCAUGGCGGCGCUAUUGGCGAGCGCGAGGCGUGCAGCCGAGGACUACGAGCGAGAUCUGCAGAGUGGCGACGACGACAUGGAGGACGAUUCCGACGACGACUCUGACGACUCAGAAGACGGGUAUCCAGGGGCUACUCGAGUGGGAGGCGACCCAACUUCCCGGAAAGCCUACGACAAGGUUUUCAAGCAGGUUGUGGAGCAGGCUGACGUUAUCCUCUACGUCCUGGAUGCCAGAGACCCCGAGGGAACACGGUCAAGGGAUGUCGAGAAGGCCGUCAUGUUGGCAGCUUCCGGCGGGAAACGACUCAUCCUGGUUCUCAACAAGAUCGAUCUCAUCCCACCACCCGUUCUGAAAGCCUGGCUCGCCUACCUCCGCUCCUACUUCCCCACCCUUCCCAUUCGCGCAUCCAACGCCGCACCAAACGCUCACACCUUCAACCACCGCGACUUGACCGUCCAGAGCACCAGCGCGACCCUAUUCCGCUCUCUCAAGGCCUUCGCCGCGGGCCGCAACCUUAAGCGCUCCAUCUCAGUCGGUGUCAUUGGCUACCCGAACGUCGGAAAGUCCUCAGUUAUCAACGCAUUGCUUUCAAGGCUGGGUGGUAGCCGCGGCCAGCGAUCGGCUUGCCCAGCAGGUGCCGAGGCUGGCGUGACGACGUCGAUCCGCACCGUCAAGAUCGACAGCAAGCUGACCCUGCUCGACUCACCCGGAAUCGUCUUCCCUUCGACAUCCGAAGUGUCCCCGACGAGCUUCGUGCCCAAGAACCCGACGGAGGCGCACGCUCACCUGGUGCUCCUGAACGUCGUCCCACCGAAGGCCAUCGAAGACCCGGUCCCGGCCGUCACGCUGCUGCUCAAGCGGCUGUCCACGUCGCCUGCCCUGCUGGAGCGGCUGAUGGGCGCGUACGACCUCCCACCUCUGCUGUCCAACUCGGACACCGGAGAUGCGACCAUGGACUUCCUGGUGCAGGUUGCGCGCAAGCGUGGCCGACUUGGCAGGGGAGGUAUCCCCAACAUCCAAGCGGCGGCGAUGACAGUGGUCACCGACUGGAGGGAUGGUCGCAUCCAGGGCUGGGUCGAUGCACCUGCGGCCGCGGCGGCUUCAGCAGCCGACGAAACCGGGGCCGUCGCUGGUAUCAAGCUGCCUACCGCUGCCCCGCCGGCGGAUGCGGCUGCGGACCAGAAGCAGAUCGUCACGGAAUGGGCAGCCGAGUUCAAGCUCGAAGGGCUCUGGGGCGACGACGAUGCUGCUGCGGCCAAGGAGGUCGAGAUGGAGGGCUAA